UACUCUGGGAUGGCGGCGGAUUUGACUCCUCGGUUUAGAAGAAUACGCAGUGUAGGGGAGCUAAGGACUCAUCGGCGUAAAAAAGCAUUUACAGGACCAUUUCAGGCCACUCAGUUAUGGAACAGUAUAAUUGAAGCUCUUAAAUCUCAAGUGGAAGUAAAGAAUCGACGACAGCAUCUUCGGACUUAUGCUAACUGCUUCACUGGGUCUGAUGCGGUGGAUGUCGUGCUUUGCCAUCUUAUGCAAAACAUGUAUUUAAGCAGCCUUGAUAUUUCAAGGACAAAAGGAGUUCAUCUCUGUCAAGCACUUAUGGAUCACAAAGUUUUUGAACCUGUUAGUAUGAAACUCUUUAAGACAGAAAAUGAACAAAUCUUUGAGGAUAGCGGUAAUCAUUUUUAUCGAUUUCUUCAAUCCAGUGUCACCAUAGAUUUUAUACCUGAUGAAAAAAACACAGAGCUGAGGAGACUGUCCAGAUCUGGAUGUUCCUCAACAAUAUGCAAUCCUUCUGCUCUGGGAUCUCAAGAUGAAAAACUGACUAAGCUACUGAAAGGUAUCUGUGACCAUCCCAAUGCACAACAGGACGUUGAGCUCUGUAAAACAAGAACUAUUUCACAAAAAGAUAUUGAAAAUUUAUGGAAGCAACAGAUUAUGUUACGCCUUCUACAGUUAAUCCACAUUCCUUUUCUGGAAGAUAUUUUGGAGUCUCCAGCUAAAACUGAGCAAAGGAAACAUUUCAGUGAUCUUAUUGUUUCUAAUACAUUCCUGGAUAGAGAGGUUCUACAAAUGCUCAGCUUGCCUAAGCUGGACAGAUGGCUUGCUGCAGCAGUUGAAUGCCUAGAAUAUUUUCCGGAUCAACAAAUAGUAAUGCUAAGUCAGCAGUUACCUCAGAGUUACAGCCAAGAUGAAGAUUUACACCUGUGUAAGAAAAUGCUAUUUGAAGUCAUUGCAAAAUAUUAUGCACAAGAAAGAGACCCUUUUUUGGAUAAUAAGCACCUUACUAUACUUACAGGAAUUGUUGAACUCUUGGAUUCUGGGAGAAAAGCACACGGUUUAGAAGCUGUACAACUUUACCUACGGUUGCUUGUGCCUAAAGCAAGAGAGGAGCUGCGUAGAUUACUGACUUUUUUGGCUAUAGCAUCUGAAGCCGAUGGCUACAAAUUACAAAAGCAGUUCGUUAACAAGAUUGUGGUAAUUAAGACAUUCACCAAAGUCGUCAUUCACAGCCCGUCAAUAUCAAAAGCUCAGAGUGAAGAAUUUGCUUUGUUUUUGCUGGAAAACUACUGUGAGCUCUUUAAGACACCUCUUCCUUUACUGGAUCUCAUUAGUACAAAGCUAAGAAGCCUUCAGAAUGGAAUUGAUCCUGAUGCUAUUUCAGGGUUUACCUUUUGUCAACGCCUCACACUGAAAGAAUAUGAAAGUCAACGGUAUUACUACACAAUAGGUGAGCUAAAGCAUUUAAUUAAGAUACUGCAGAUCAGCAGUUCCCUUCCAGAGAAAAAAAAGAAGAAAUUAAUGAAGGAAUUCCAGAAGUAUCACCCUGCAGCAACCAAUUGACAAGGGAAUUCAGUUAUCCUUCAGCAACCAAUAAACAUUCUGUGGACUGAAUAUUAUUUUUGCACUAACUAUUAAUCUAGUUACUUGAACAUAAGUGCUUUUGACCUUUGUUGUGAAACUAUUUUAGAUUUUACCAUUUGAUAUCAGAAACAUGUUUCUGUUUUUUUAAACAAAUAAUUUAAUAGAUCUAUAAACAUAGGUCUUAUGCAAUAGCUGUUGUAGUCACUGGAAGAGUGUGUUAACCUGUAUAUGACUACUGAUUUGUAACCUAUUGUAGCUGCUUAUGCUAUCAUGUCAUUGCCUAAUUGAGGUGACUGCUUACAUGCACAGUGUUCGUUUAAAAAAUGAAUUAGGUUGUCAUGGGCACAAAACAAGACUAAUUUAUUUAUACUGAAAUAGUAUGUGUAAUUUAAUUGUAAAACAAUUUUUAGGGAUUAAGUGCAAUCUUUUUUUUUUUUUUUUUCUUAAGAUAUUAUACAAUAUUCCAGUAAUGUGGAAUCUGAAAAUUAAACAUUUAAUAAAAAAAAUAAACAGUG